AUGUGUUGUCUGGUCAUUGAGGACACCUGGCACUACUGGGUCCACCAGCUCCUCCACCAUCGCUCCAUUUACAAAUACGUCCACAAAGUCCACCACCAUUUCCAGGCUCCGUUUGGGAUGGUUGCCGAGUACGCUCACCCCAUAGAGACAAUCGUACUGGGAACAGGGUUCUUCAUUGGAGUCUUCUUCAUGUGCAACCACCUCAUCAUGAUCUGGCUGUGGAUGACCGUCCGACUCCUAGAGACAAUAGAGGUCCACAGUGGAUAUGACUUUCCCUACCUCAACCCCCUCCACCUCCUCCCUGGAUAUGCCGGCACAAAGUUCCACGAUUUCCAUCACAUGAAUUUCAACGGAAACUACGCCAGCACAUUCCUCUGGUGGGACUGGUUGCUAGGCACCGACAGACAGUACAAGGACUACCUCAAGAGCAGCGAGGAUCGGAGGAGCAAAACCACCAGCAAGAAGACGAACUAG